UGCGGUGAAGAUGGCGGCGGUGGCACAGUGCUCGGUCGCUGUGGAGAAGGAGCGCUGGCAGCCGCUGUCCUUCACGUACGUCGAAUAUCCCCCAGGUGAUCUCACGGGAAAAGUUCUUGCAUAUUUAAGUCUUGUCCCAGUAUUUAUCCUAUUUGGUUUCAUCACACUCAUUGUGUUCAAGAGGGAGUUGCACUCUAUUUCAUUUCUGUGUGGUUUGGUACUAAAUGAAAGCUUCAACUGGGUAAUUAAGAAUGUUAUCAAAGAACCUAGACCUUGCCAAGGUGGCCACAGUAACUUGUUUACAGAGUACGGGAUGCCCUCCAGCCAUUCCCAGUUCAUUUGGUUCUUUUCCAUCUACUCCCUCCUUUUCCUUUAUUUAAGAAUGCACCAAACGAACAACGCUAGAUGUUUAGAUCUGUUGUGGAGGCACAUUUUAUCCAUAUGUCUGCUGGCUGUGGCCUUCCUUGUCUCCUAUAGUAGAGUCUAUUUGAUGUAUCAUUCCUGGAGCCAGGUGAUAUAUGGAGUUAUAGCAGGUGCCAUCAUGGGAGCAAUCUGGUUUAUCUUCACACAAGAGGUACUAACACCGCUGUUCCCCAGGAUAGCUUCAUGGCCAGUCUCGGAAUUCUUCCUGAUAAGGGACACAAGUCUGAUUCCAAACAUCCUGUGGUUUGAGUACACGGUUACAAGGUCAGAAGCGCGAAACAGACAACGGAAGCUGGGGACCAAGAUGCAGUGAAGUGAAGUUGGCUGCUUUUACUGGGGGUGGGACAGGACUAUGGAGUGAGCCCUGGAAGGAAAUGAAACCGAAACCAACAACACGAAGAAACGUUCUUUUUUUAAAAAAAAAAUCAUUGUUGUGUUUGCAGACAGUUGAGGCAAGCUGAGGCAUACACUGGAAGCCUAGACACCCCCUCCCUGACCCCCCCCACCCCACCCCACCCCCUGACAGCAGUCAGUGUUGACACAUCUUGCUGUUAGCUUUCUACUGCAUGUUAGACUUGUGAACGCUGGACUGAACCAGUUUGAACAAAGUCCGUUCACAUGGUGCCAGUGAAAUGUGAUAUUAUUGCAUCUGAUUCAGGAAUUUGGUUUUCAGUUUAGUAAGAGGUGAUAGGAAAGGCAAGGAUCAACGGUAGUGGUGUGAUAUUUUGCAAAAAAAAGUGGCAUUUCUACGCUACUGACUUUUAAACAAAUGGUUAGAUUGGAGGACAGAGAUGUUUGUGAAUUGUCAGUCAGGUGUCUGACUUGCUAGGACCACAUCUGUAGCAGCAAGAGCAAACUAUAAGGGAUCAUGUUGCACUUUAGAAAAAAUAGUUUUUUACAUUAAAAAACACUAGUGAUGCGAGUGGAAAAACUGGUUUUUAUUCUUCUGGUCGGUUACAGUUACAACUAACAACUCGGCUGGUGUAAGAAAUCUGUCUAAUGAAACAGUUGUUUGAUCUAUUUGUUUCCCAAAAGGAAUUGUUUAUUUAAUCUUCUGGAUCAGUGAGGGUAAGCCAAUUAGACAUGAGGAUUGUCAAACCCUUUUGUGCGCGCGUGCUCUCUCUAUUGCUCUGUCACCUUUUUCUGGCCGUUUUUGUUUGAACUUUGUCAAAAUAAAUGGCCGUUUGUACAAACUGCAAGUCAGGUGAUGUGCAUUUAGGAAAUGGUCCUUUAUCCCGAGCCUGGGUUGUUGAUAAGUAAGUCUAGCCAGGUCUUGUGGUAGCAGUGGAGUGUCGGAGACCUGUGGGUUCUCUCUGAUUCCUCAGUGCUUGAUGUUAGAUUACCUCCCUUCUGCAAUUGCCUGAAAGGCUGCCUGUGGAAAGGUGGUGGGAUUGUUGGAGGUGGGAAAGUUUAUUUUGGGCUGGAGGUUGGAUGUUUGCAUUUGUUCUGAAGUCAAGAGUUAAAAACACUGAACUAAAACAAGGUCUUUGGUUGUAUAUGAUGUUUGUUCAGCAGCCUGUACUACCCUGGCAUGGAAAGCAGUUGUUCUCCUACCACACAGAUGUUGUUAGUUUUUGAUCUGAAUGCAUGUGUGGCCACCUUGAAAUAAAUCAACCUGGUACCACUCUUAGCUCCCUCUGUGCUUAGCUACAUUCCCAGAAUAACAGUGACUGACUGUCUUAUGUUGUGAUAUUACAGGAAUUAAAUUUUUUCUGUGGGUUGAAUAAAUGUUUCUAUAUUCCAUUUAGCCCCUGUGCAACAAAAGCAUUGAUCACAUUGACCCGAAUAGCGCGUGAUAUAAACAUGAAACCUGCCUAGAUACCCGUGACAUUUAAAUUGAGGGUUUACCACAAAGCAUUACGCUAAUCUUAAUACCCAAGGGUGACUAAUGUAAUAAUGUCUGCUCUUGAGUUCUGUUGUGGGAGGCUUGUGUGUGAAUGUGUAACAUUCACUUGCUAAUGCAAUGUGUUAAAUUACAGAGAAGAGGAGAUUAGAUUACUUACAGUGUGGAAACAGGCCCUUCGGCCCAACAAGUCCACACCGACCCACUGAAGCGCAACCCACCCAUACCUCUACAUUUACCCCUUACCUAACACUACGUGCAAUUUAGCAUGGCCAAUUCACCUGACCCGCACAUCUUUGGACUGUGGGAGGAAACCGGAGCACCCGGAGGAAACCCACGCAGACACGGGGAGAAUGUGCAAACUCCACACAGACAGUCGCCUGAGGUGGGAAUUGAACCCGGGUCUCAGGCGCUGUGAGGCAGCAGUGCUAACCACCAGGAGCUUCUGGUUGUCUCAGUGUCUUAAUUUUAGUGACCUCGAGGGGAAUGUCAGCUCCUGGUUUAGUUGUCAGUUUAGUGGAAUAUUACUGCAGGAUACACACCAGGAGUAGGAUCUAUAAAUUGGACCAAAUGGCAAGGGCUGCAGUGGGGGAGCUGACCACAUUCCUGUUCCCACCGUAUUGUAACACACAGUGCUGUGCUUCCCUGAACCCUUGGCCCAUUUGGAUUGACUCCAGUUGUGAAGCCCAGUAUUAUAGAGGAUGCAAAUUGUUUUGAGGUGGUUGUCCUGAGCAUGAGCAUUCCGAGAGAAUGUUGCAGUGACUGAACUUACAGGGAAAUUAUCUGAUUGUCCUGCUCAUUACAAGUGAAUGUUCUUUUUUUAAAUCCAAGGCAGAUUAUUGAUGCUUUAUUUGUUGUAUUUGGACACAAUCACAAUUUUUAGUUUUUACAUUCCAUACACGACUAUAAAAUGACUCCUUAUUUUUGAUUUUAGAUUUACUUUCUUGUAACAUUUCUUGUUUUAAAAAAUAUUUGGAAUUGAAGGUGCCUGAAAUUGUCUAAAACAGAAACCAUGCUAUAUAACAGAAACCAUGCUAGAUAACAGGGUGGUUUUGCUUCUGUGGAUAGAGCAUAGAGUUAAGUUCUAGAAAGCUGUGUGUGUUUUUUCUUCAGUUGUACAGGGAUAACAGUUGGAUUUUGUAUGCAAGCUCUUAGUUUUGUGUACUGUUUCAUUGGUUGUCAGUGAAGGCGGUGAGCUUAAACUUGCCAAAGUUAUCACACCACAAGCUAAAGUUUUAGUUUUAAAUUUCAAAACAGUUUGAGGUUUUGUUUAGGAUUAACAAAGCUCUUCAGAUUGGAGAAAUGUCUUCCCCUAUCUACAUGCAGUAUUGGCUUCCUGGUUUACUUUACUUUAUUGUUUAUAUAUAUUGGUGCUUCCCUGCUUGCUAACCAGUAAGCUCAAGGACAUUAAUUUCACACUAAGAUCAGAGGAAUAAAUCGAAACCUAAUGUCUAAUAGUUUUAUUUCAUGUUGAAGGUGGGGGAAUGAUGUUUCUGUACGUAAAAUCCCAAUGAAUCAUAUGGUUGCCUGAUGGUGAUGUGAUGAACUGGCUUUGUGUGUUACAAUCAUGGACUCAAAACAUGGAUCUGCGUCUGGUGUGAAUGUCUGGAUGCAGCCUGAGAUUGUUGGUCCUGCACAGAGGGUUCAGGGAGAGUCCUGGGUCCAGUGCUGAGUUGGCCACUGGGAAAUAGGAUAAUGAUUGAUUUCUACAGUUCUUGGAGUGGGAGGCAGAGAUAAGAUUUAUCAAGGUGCCAUUUCAUGGUCAGUGACUGCUUUAGGAAAGAGCAUGUGAAUGUUGGUUGAGGAUUGGGUCCAGCUGUGAUGCCCCCAAAGCUGAAAAGCCUGAUGGCAAUUGGUCUUCAGAGUAUGGAGCUGUAUAUGUGUAAUUGUUCAGAGUACGUCACUGGGCAGCGGUGAUGCUGUGUCUGUGUAAUUGUUCAGGAUUAAGCCCAUGACUGGAUGUUGGAAUGGGGAAAUAAGAAUGUUUAGUUGUGGAUACUGCCACUCAGUGGAAAUGUGUUUUGAUGCAAUACACAUUUUUCAGUUUAAUUUGUAGUGACAUUAAGAGUCAGACUCUCCUGAAAUAUGUCACUAGUGCUCCUGCUCUUACAUCCAGCAUGUAUUAAUUCAGUAUGGCAAUAUGCUGUAAACAUUGAUUGCACGUAACUCAAAAUCCAAUUGAGUGUCUACACAUUGGGGAAAAUAUACCUGUUCUCUUGAGCUUCACCCUCUUGACUGACAGUUGCUUUUCAGCGUUAUGUGAUGAACGUGGUGUCUGAUCAUAUUCCUGUGUGCAGCUAGUGUGUUGAAAGUUUAAAUACUAGUCGAGUGUCUGUGGACCCUGCAUUGUUUCUGGUGGUUUCUCUUUACGGUUAGUGUCACGAUCCUUUUCCUUUUGUGAGUUUGUAGCAGUAACUAUUUUGUAUUUAGAAAUAAUAGACUGGAAUCAUGUCUGUCACCAAAAUAAUAAGUGCAGCCAAAGUAUGGCAAUCCAAAUAGUUUGAAAUGUAUCCACAAUCAUGUAGAUGUUGGCUGACCUAUAGUACAGGGUGGUAAUCAGUGCUUUACCGAAAAUAACCACUAGUGUCUGAUGCUACUAACUGGGUGCUGAGUGGUGUUUUCUAUACAUCACCGGUCCUCGUUAACAGGAAGUUUAUCUAUAAAUUGGGUUUGCAAGCUCGCUCAGCUUUAUUGCAAAAAAGAUAGGAUUGUAGGGAAAUACUGGAAUGAGAACAGAAAAUGCUGGUAAUUCCAGUAUGUCUGUUAGCAUCUGACAGUAGCAACAGGCUGGUCUUGCAGCUUGGUGCUUAUUCUGCCUUUUCUCCUUUCAGAUUUCUAGCAGUUUCAGUAUAGAAAUUGUAUCUUGUCAAUAUUUAUUGAAGUGAGACAAUACUGAAACCUUUAGAUUGCUGCUUUUUUUUUAAACCUUGUAACCCUUGCUGCUGGUUUGUGGCGCAGUGUUGUCCCAACCUAGACAGACUGGCUCCACAUCCCAUGGAAUAUUCCCGCUGUUCACAGGUAUUAAAAUGUGUUUCUCCACAGCCCAAUCAAAGGGCAGCUUUUUUUUUGUUUCCAUGAAACCAUUUAAUUUUAAAUGCAGGCAAAUUAUUUCAUGUUUGGGAGUUCAACUCGGAGCAAAUAAUAUCCAGGACACUAUUGGGUCGGUUUUCCCACUAGCUCACUGAGCAGUACUUCAGGAGCACAAUGGGGAGGUGGAAAGGAAGAGGAUGAUGGGGCCCCAUCAAAUUUUUCUUUAAAAAGAUUUGUAAAAUCGAUCCUGGUCUGAUGUGACUUUUUUUUUAAAAGCUGUGAUCAUUCGAGGUUGGUUGACUAAUCAACUCUUCUCACUGCGUAGUGAGGAAUGUGUCUGCUAUCUGUAAAUGUUCCUUUUUUUGUCUCAACUUCAACAACGUAGAUCUAAAAGUAAUUGCUAUUCAGGUACACAAUGAAGGGCUAUUCUGAAAAGUGCUUCCUCUAGAUGUAGCACGGUUUUGUAGACUGGCUUCUUGUAUUCUGUUAGUGUUCACUAUGUGAUUGCCUUAUAUGGUGCACAGUAUCUUUUAAUGCUGUUUCUUGCUAUUUGUAAACUUUGUUUGAACUCUGGUGUGGGAAAUGGAGGUUGGGUCGAUGACUGUUUCAUCUCUCUGUUUCGUGUCCAAGACUACCUUGUUUCUGCUGUUUGACUGCUUCAUCCCAGGAUCUAUACACAUUCAAACCGUUUAUAUUUACUUUAGAUCCCAGUUGGAAACAGAUCAGCUGAUACUUGGAGCUUGGGAAAGUAGUUUCUCACUUUAGUGGGGUGCCAACACUCUGUGAUCUUGUCUUGAAUGGGUAUUUCUUUAAGGCAUCAGCCAUGACUCGGAUGGUAGCAUUCUUGCCACUUGAGUCAGAAAGCCAUGGGUUGAAGUCUCACUGCAGAAAUGUGAAUGCAGAAUCUUAGUCGACUCUCGGGGCAAUAUAGAGGGGUCGUCUUUCAGAUGAGACAUUAAACCGAGUUCCACUUUUCCUUCGGAAGUUAAUUUGUUGGCUAUAAAGAGUAAAGAUGUCCUAAUGUUGUGAUAUAAAAAUGUCUUUCAUUUUAAUUUUUGUAUGUUUGUUUCAAUGUCUGAUGUUAAAAGAUUAUUCAGUUGUGAAGGGUGGUUGAAUCUAAGGUGAACCACUCACCAUAUGGUACAUAUAUUUUCCAACCUUCUACAAUAAUGAGAUUAUCCUGGCUGAUAUACCACAGCCCACGAGGUGCUUAUCUGUGCUAAGUUGCCAGAGCAGUUUUCUCACACUCUCUAAUAAGCAGAUAAGUACUGACCAUUUCUGUGACAACUGUUGGCUGUUUAUUUGUCUAAACUCUAUCUGUGCCAUGUAAUUUUAAGCCUUGGUGCCUGUUUUCUAUUGCAUUCUUCAGACUGACUUUUAAAUGUGUGAAUUUUGCAACCAGUAGAUAUCAGUGGUUUAGUCGCACAUAAUUCACAUCCCAGUUGUGGCAAAAUCAAUUAAUAUUCCAUCUCCAUACUGUGCAAGUGUUCCUAAAUGAGGGGCCUCUCUGCUGUGAAUACAUUGGAGAGUGAGAGUCCUACCUGCAUGCCUAUGUUUGGGGUCUGGUGUCCUAUAUUUGCACACAGGUCUUAGAUAAACUGGUCCAGGGGAGCAGUUUGGUUUUACAGCAAGUCACUGGAGUCUGUGUGUAAUCUACACAGAAUGAAAUAGUUCAUCUUCUAAGCAGAGGAGGAUAGCUUUGCAUGACAAGGUGUUAUGCAGAAUCAAUACAGUUUGAUCUUCAAAUUACAGACACCAGUCAUUCUUGAAUCUUCCUGUGGCUUUGAGCUGCUGCAGUAUAUAUCCCACGCCCUUCCUCCUGGAGAGGCUGAUGUUUGUUUUGGCCAACAGUUAGUGCACGAUUUUGGCCUAAACUGUUGUGGAAAAUGAAUUGAGGAGAUGCGCACUAAGCUUUUGCCCACCUGGUUUGUUCUACUGCCUGAAGGAGUAGGACAGACUGACUUGAUGCUGCAUUUGUGCAACUGUCAAAGGACCUCUAAUCAGUGCCAACAGUGCUCCAGUUAAAGAGAACUGAGUGGAUUAGUUACUCAGAAUCUUACAGCAUGUAAAUGCAUUCUGCCCUUUACUAUUUUUUGAUUUGUGGUGUCACUGGCUAGGCCAACAGUUAUUGCCCAGAGGGCAGAUUGGAAUCAAUCACAGAUAGGCCAAACCAGGUCAGGAUAGCAGAUGUCCUCUGCUGAAGGUCUUUAGUUAUAAAAAUAUAACUGGUUCGCUACUUACUCACACUUUGUCCACCUUUUCAUUAUAGAAUUUAAUUGGAUUUAGAUUUCACCAUUUGCUGUAGUGGGAUUCAAACCAUGUUCCCAGAACCUGGAUUUGUCCUUUGGUGACUACCCCCAAUUUUAAACAUUGGUUCUUAACUGAUCUCUCUCAUUCUGACAUCUUUCCUAAUGAUAGACCUUCAUCCUUGCUACAAUUCUAGUAGACAUUCACACCACCUCCAAACAACCCAGUUCAACUGAUUUAGCUACAAUCAAGCACAGAGUCUGUGCUCUGUCUCUCUGACUUCUCAUAUGCAAAUCAGCUCUAAGCACCAACAAUCAGAAGGUUGAUUUAUUUGGGAAAUGAAGGUGUCACACAUUGAACCGUUUAGUUUAAGGCACACUUGGUUAGAAUGAGAGGGAUUUUGCUAUGUUUCCUGAAGACAUUGUUAUCUCAUUAGGAAGUGCUUGAGCAGCUAAGUGCUGAUAAACUAUCUUCCCAUUCCCAAGAUGUAAUAUGCCUCAUCACAAAAACCAUUUGAACACGAGAGACAUGAGCUCGGUCCUCAAAACUACACUUUAUAUAAAAAAAAACUUUGAUCACUAAGAUGGUUCAUGUUCCUAAACAGAUUCUUAAAAUUUUUUAUGUAGAACAAUUUGCUUCAAACUUUCUCAGUACGGAGGAAGUGGGCCAACUGUACAAUCCCUCUGAACCCUGGGCUUAACAGUAAGCUGUUGUCUAGUUAAGAAUUUGGUGGUUUUAAACUGUGUAAAGCUGGCUGAAUACAUCUCUGUAAGGAAUUAACAAAGGAAAUGUGCAUCAAUGUUCUAAUUGUAUUUUACUGGAAAUAUAAUGCUUGCCUACCAUACUGUUUCCCUUGCUGUGGUCUCUGUAUUCUUCUGUGAUCACAGGGCGAUGGGCAAAAUGUGAAGUGACCCACGCGUGAAGAUCCAAUUAGUAGUGGGCUCAGACUUCUUGUACUCUUCCCUAUAUCUCGGGUUUGUUUCCUGUCUUUCUCCUGUGACCUGGGGCUAAUCAUAAUCCCUUCAUUUUAAAAAAAAAAGUCACAUUAUAGUGUAUAGGAGUGUGCCACAUUUCCUACAUUACAACAAUUCUGAACGAUACUGGCUAUGAAUGCUUUGGAACAUCUUGAAUUUCUGAAAGAUUCUAUAUAAAUACAAUCUUUAUCCAGAAAAAGUUAAGAAUUGAAAUGUGCAGUGAAGAGAGGGCUGGAAAUCAGAGUUCUUAAAGUAAUUGGGUAAAUAAAUAUAUCUCAAACCUCUUUCUGCACCUCCUAGAAGAUGAAAACAGUCGUGGUUUGUCAAAUCCUUUGUGACUGUUGCUCCAAAUGUAUAUGCAUGCCACAGCGAUGUGAGGUAUGGAAGCAGCACCAGUGCAGGUCGUUGUAGUUCCAACCAUGAUGUGGCUUAAAACUUACUGAUUGGUGUUACUUCACAGGAGUGAGAGAUUAAUUAAUGUACCACCAAUUCCAUGCAGCACCAGUAAGCAAGUUGUAUAUGUAAAAUUUUUAUUGUAGUCAUAUUCACAAAAAUUAUACAGUGUGUAAAUAUUUACAUUAAAAUCAAGACCAUGGCUGUUUACAUUCCUAAUUAUCCAUACAUGUUGGCAAAUUAAAACAUUAUUAUAAAUGGACCAGUUGCAGUCCCAGGCAUAAGUCUGAAAUAAUUCCUCUCCAAUCUAAAAUUAUUUUGUCAUGAAGAUUAUCACAAAGGUCCUUUUGAGACCUCUGCAUAUUUCAGUCAAUCACUGGGAAGUGGGGGCAGGGGCAUUCUUUUAAACGACUUCAGAAAAAGUUGGGGUAAUGGUUGCUGUUAUUGUGUGAAUGAGUAAACUGACACUUCUGUAAACAUUGCUGAAGAAAUUUUAAGACCGUUAUCCCACGUGUUAAAAUUUAACAGCAUGGUUCCUAGACAAAUCUUUUGUUUAGGCACACAGUACAGUUCCCUCUACACUGCCUCACAUUAAAAUGCAAGUUUCUAUCCCACAAACAUCAUUUCAGCACCAAUUCAGGUUAAUGAUUCAGAACAAUUUAAACUGUUUGCUUCAAUAUAUGUAUUAGUCCUCAUCUGGAAAUGCACCUUAUCUUAAUGUGU